AUGCGUGUGAAGCUUUCGGGAGUCCAGAGUAUUGCUGCAGCUGCGCGUUUAACUCACCUGCCACCUGCAAGCCGUCAGUUUAUGCUCAGAUGUUCAAAUCUACUUGUCCCAGAUCCUAUAGCUACGCUUAUGAUGAUCCUACCAGUACUUUCACCUGCUAUGGUGCAGAUUAUACUGCUCGAGAGAUUCCGAAUCACCAUUCCACCAACAAUGAAUCCCACAUCUAUUAUCUUGGUUAACACUCCAUCAUCCUGCCAUAAACAGGCUGAGGGCAAAAAACAGCAGCAUAUUGGUACACAAUCGGAUAGUGGACAAGAUAAGCUCCCAGAAACUGCACUUCCCCAGAAGGCAGAUUGUGAACUUAAUACAGCAAAGGGCCAGCAAGAAAAUUCUAGCCCACAAUUGCAUGAGGGGGAAACCAGUGAGAAGGGAAACAAUCAGUCUGAUCAAGUUGAGGAGCAGACAGAGAAAACUACUGGAGCAACAGAAAAUGGGGGGCAGAUUAACCUCGUUUCAGAUUGCAAUGCAAAACAGAAAACUAAAAGUACUGUGCAGGCCAAAAAGACAACAAAAAAAGCUAGCAAAAGGGGUAACACCCUAGCUAUCUUAUCAUGA